UUUAUUUUCAUUAACGAAGUAUCCAUUAGCAUUUGUUGAAACCAUGCUUUCCCCUCUACCUCCACCGCCACCGCCACUCUCUCCGCCUCCACCGUCAACAAAGCCGGCCACGCCGGUCUCUCUAUCCCAAAUCGUAAUAUCAAAGCCAGUCAUAAACCAACUAUCACAAAACCCAUCAUCAGGCAAAACAAAUCCCGACACCGACAUCAACUCAAGGGAAGUAAGAAAGUCAAUCCUCCUACCACCUCACCCUCGACGAACCAAUCCAUUGAUAUGGUGUUGCGCCGUCAUAUGCUUGAUAUUCAGCGUCGUCCUCAUCUUAUUCGGCGUGGCAACGUUAAUCAUCUUCCUCUCGAUGAAACCGAAAACCCCAUUGUUCGACACUCCCAACGCAAGGCUCAACGGCAUAUACUUCGACUCGCCGGAGUAUUUCAAUGGAGAUUUCGUUUUCCUGGCAAACUUCUCCAACCCCAACGACAGAAUCGACGUGCGGUUCGAGUAUCUGGUGGUGGAGCUUUACUUCCAUGACAGGCUCAUUUCGGCUCAGGCUGUUCAACCGUUCUCGCAGAGGAGAAGGGAAGCUAGAGUGGAAGCGAUUCAUUUUAUAUCGAGUUUGGUUUAUUUGCCGCAGAAUCUCGGUGUGGAGUUGCAGAAACAGGUUUUGAGCAAUAGGGUUAAGUACUUCAUAAGAGGGGCAUUCAAAGUGAGGGCGCAUCUGGGUUUGAUCCAUUUUUCAUAUUGGUUGCAUGCUAGAUGUGAGUUGCUCAUGUCUAGUCCACCUACUGGUGUUUUGGUUUCACAUAGUUGCAAAACUAAAAAAUGAAAAUUUAACCCUUCUUUAUCACCUUAAUCCCAUUUCCUGG